UAUAUUAUGUAUGCAUGUUGAAUAUGGCAUGAUGAUGGGGUUUGUGGGGGUCACUUACAAAUAAGACCCACGUUUCUCUUUCAUAUCUUUAGCCUCUUCCCUUCCCUUACUAAAACCCUUCUCCCUUAGACCUCCUUCAUCACUCACUCACUCUCACACGCUCAGAACGCCACUACGCAACUAUAGUCUAUAUAAAUAUAUACCACACGCAUUACAUUCUAGCACCGAGUAGUAAGUAGAAUCCAAACAUUAAGUACUGUUCCUUAACAAAAAAAACAGAAUGGCUGAGCUACCUAGCUCAGAAGCAUCGUCAUCAUCCGCUUCCAGUCGGAAGCACUCGUCUUCGGAGGCCCAUUUACCCGCCCCGGAUCAGAAAAGGCCCAAGCAGGCCCGAGAUAGCAGCAGCAAGCACCCCGUCUUCAGAGGGGUCCGAAUGCGGGCCUGGGGAAAGUGGGUAUCCGAAAUACGCGAGCCCAGAAAGAAGAACCGGAUCUGGCUCGGAACCUUUGCCACCGCCGAGAUGGCCGCACGUGCGCACGACGUGGCGGCGCUCGCCAUCAAAGGCAACUCCGCCAUUCUCAACUUCCCAGAACUCGCGGCCUCCCUUCCCCGACCCGACUCCAACUCGCCAAGAGACGUUCAGGCCGCCGCCGCCAAAGCCGCCGCCAUGGAGGUUAACGAUGUUCCGACGACGCCUUCGUCGUCGUCGGCGUCUCUGUCGCUAUCGCAAUCGUCAUCUUGGUCUUCAUUGGCGGUUUCUUCUUCCUCCGGCGAUGGCCCGUCGACGCCGGAGGAGCUGGGGGAGAUAGUGGAGCUGCCGAGUCUGGGGACGAGUUUCGAAAUACCCGACCCGAGUGGGGAGUUGGUGUAUUUGGACCCGUGGCCGUAUUCUCAGGCGUGGAGUCACGGCAUUUAUGAUGAGAGUGAGGGGUAUUUUAUUGGGGACUCUGAGACUGAGAGCAUGAUACUUUGUGGCUUCGAGGGUUCAUUGUGGCAGCAUUAAUGCUUGUGCUUUCCUUUUUUUUCUUUUUUUGUCUUAUUGACUUUCCAAUGUGUGAGAGCCCUUUCCCAAUUUUUCACUUCAAGGGCUGCUAAAUACAUUACUACUACUACUACUACUACUACUUUUGUUUCCCCACCUUAGGUUUCUCAAUGUCAUCCUCCUUCUCCUUCCGCGUGUUGCACAACACGACAGGUAUGCCUGCCAUCCUCCUCAAUAUUCAAUGUCUUGUUUCAUGUAAUCAAUGUAAUGCAAAUGAUUUAUGCUCAAUUCACAUAUACGUGUAGAAAUCCUACGUCUAUCAUAUUUAUUAUUAUUAACUAUUCUACUUUUUAUUCACUGGACUAAAUAAAACUUUAACUUGAUUCUCUA